UUCUCUCUCUCUCUCCCUCUCAAAAAUAAAUAAACUUUAAAAAAAUCGGUAAGAUGGUAAAAUUCUGUGAUGUUGGUGUGUUGUUGUUUUUUUAACAAUCCAUAAUCAGGGCACCUGGGUGGCUCAGCUGGUUAAGCUCAGACUUCCGCUCAGGUCAUGAUCUCUCACUUCAUGGGUUCUAGCCUCUGUGCUGACAGCUGGGAGCCUGGAGCCUGCUUCUGUGUCUCCCUCUCUCUCUCUGCCCUUCCCCUGCUCACGCUCUGUCUCUUUUUCAAAACUGAAAAGGCAUUACAAAAAUAAAAUAAAUAAAAACCAUAAUAAAAUAAUAGUCUUUCUCAGAGUCCGGCUCCUGUAGUAGGAAGCUUCCGGAUACUAUCAUCACGCACAAAAAGGGUUUCGUUUAUAGGCUGUUGGAAAGCAUAGAAGUUGCAGCAUUUCAAUGUUAGCCGGGCUCUAAGAAGGAACCCUUUAGCCUGGCAAGCAGCGUGUUCCCCAGGUCUGGUUGGAGGGUCCCCCAGGAGGGGUGUGAGGAGUUGCUAGAGGGUGGGGGUGGGAGAAGGAAACCGGCGUCUUCCCGGUUUCCUCAGUCUCGGGAAGGGGUCUCAGGUGCCCAGGGUGGCGGACACCAGCCGGAGAAGCACCACCUGCUGGGCGCCGUCCCCGCACCGGCCAGGCUCAGCGUCUUCAGGCUCCAUGACGUCGGUCCCAGGGACGGGAGCACCCCGCACUAUGACCCUCUCCAGGGGAACCCUCGGGGGCGCCGCAGCCCCAGGCCCAGCUUCCGCUCUCGAGUCCUGCCCUUCGUGUCCCCAGGAGGGCGCGGCCGGGGGGGGGGGGGGAGGCGUGCCUGUCCCUCGUCUGCACCCCGCGACCUGGCACCAGCCCCAACUCUCCCCUCCACCCUCACCGCCUCUGAGGGCCCGCCCCUGCUUUUUCUCCGCGCGGCCCUCCUCCCGCCCUGGGCCGGCUGCUGCGGGGCUCUCGGCCACUUUCCGGAGCCAUGGUGCCCACGACGCGCCCGGAGCCGGAGCCGAGGAUCAUGUGAAUGAAGCCACAUCUCAGAAGGGGGACAAUCCACAUGGGCCAGGGGAAAAGCAGCUGCAGGCCACAGGAUGUGAACCGAGCCCUGAGUUGUUGGAACUGAGGAUCCUGCUUGUGGGGAAGCGUGGAGCCGGAAAAAGUGCCGCCGGGAACAGCCUUCUGGGGAAGGGAGUCUUUGAGACCAAAUUCAGUGAAAAGUCAGUGACCCAGAUGUUUGCGUCUGUGAGCAGAAUCUGGAGAGGGAGGAAAAUUUGGGUCAUUGAUACUCCGGACAUUGCAUCUUCAAAGGACAUUAAAGCUGAGCUUCAGAGACAUGCCCCUCAAGGCCUCCAUGCCUUCCUGCUGGUGACCCCGCUGGGCUCUUUCACCAAGACGGAUGAGGCUGUGCUGGACACCAUCCGAAGCAUUUUUGGAGAGAAAUUCAUUGAGUACAUGAUCGUCCUCCUCACCAGGAAGGAAGAUCUAGGGGACCAGGAUCUAGAGAUGUUCUUGAAAAGCAAUAAUGAAGCUCUCUACCAGCUCAUUAAGAAAUGCAAAGACCGGUAUAGCGCCUUCAACUACAGACUGACGGGGGCAGAGGAGCAGUGCCAAGUGGACGAGCUCCUACAAAAGAUCGUGGACCUGGUGCUGCAGAACAGGGCCAAGCCAUGCGUCAUCAGCCAGGAAGACAUGCUGAGCAUUGUCCUCGUGGGGGGCAGCGGCACCGGGAAGAGUGCCACGGGGAACACCAUCCUUGGGAGGCGUGACUUCCUCGACCAGCUCCGAACACAGCUGAUCACCAGGAAGAGCCAGAGCAGCAGGAGGAUGUGGGAAGGGUGGAGGGUUGUGGUUGUGGACAGUCCCUUGCUCUGCCUGACGGCCAGCACUGAGAGGUGUCCAUCUGGGCUGGAGGAGGAGGUCAAACACUGUUUGUCCUGCUGUGAGGGAGGGAACAUAGUUCUGGUCCUGGUGUUCCAGCUGGGACGCUUCACUGAGGAGGACAAAAAGGCAGUGAAGAAUCUAGAGACCAUCUUUGGGGAGGAAGUUCUGAAGUACACGAUUGUGCUGUUCACUCGGAAGGAAGACCUAGAAGGGGGGGACCUCAAAGUUUACCUCCAGGAGACAGAUAACAAAGCUCUUAAGAGCAUAACUAAGAAGUGUGAGGAGCGAGUGUGUGCUUUUAAUAACAAAGAAACUGGCCAAGCCAGGGAAAACCAGGCAAGUCUUCUUUUGACAAUGGCCGUUGAUCUGAUAAAUAGCCACAGAGGGCAUGGUUACCCCCAUGAAUGGGAGAAUGUCAAAAAAAUCAUUAGAAAUAACCAGGAAAAGGACAAGCCCAAAAGCUUACUGAAAAAUUUAAAAGAUAUGGUAUCAUCGGUAGUUGAUGGACGUGGGGUGUCUUUAAGUUAGAGACACCCUCAGUUGGGGAUGGGUGUGAGGUAAGGCUGGUGGGAGGGGAGGAGGGUCCAUGUCUUAGAGGGCUUGAAAGGCACAUGCUGGCCACCUUGCAAUGUUUCAGCUCUUAGUAGGUGAAUAAAUUGUCAGCCUGGGGCAGGGGAUUAGAAAGGAGAAAGGAGAAAUUAGGUGGGGAAAUCUUGAAAGAGGCUCCUGAGAUUGAGUGGCCAUUGAGGGUCAGAAUUAAAUCACAAGAAUCACCUCACCUGUGGACAUAGAGUGGAGUCAGGACAGACACGGUGACCAAGGCCAGCCCGGGGUCAGAAUACAGACAAAUACCCACGAACCAGGGGAUCCAGACACACGAGGGUAGAGUAAUGAGCAGUGUCCAGCCAACUCCUGGUGUGGCAGAGUGGACAAGCUGGAUCCCGUGGGCCUCUGGGUGCCCAGGGAUGCUUGUCAGGCAUGCUGGUCUCCUGAGCUGCCUUGUCGCCAUUGGGCAGAACUCAGGGCCAGCACAUUCUUUUCUUCCUGGGGCGGAUAUUCUUUAGUGCUGUCUUCAUUCCAAGCCUGAAUGGAAAGUGGGCCCCAGUCUACUCUUCUUUAUUGUUCCUUAGGAAAUGACCAUGAGUCUGUGAGGUUUCCAAAGAUUUUAUUGCUAACCAUCACAGUGAAAGACAGUAGAACAAAAAUCCACAAUGUGGUAAAACUGCCAACAUGAGACAA